CUGGCAAACGGGUCGGCAUUGGUAAGCGCGAUUAGCCGAAAACGCGCAGUCGCGCGUCGAUUCUGUCGGGUGGGAGGUGAUCAGCUGUGAACACACGAGGAACGAAAUGUUCGUCUUGCAAAGGUCUAUAUUAUCGACCAGUAGUAGAAAUUGUGCAGGAUCAUGGCUGCGACUUCUCCCAUGCUCGCACCCAGCCGUGAAGGAUGUUCAACACAGGGACAUCCACGAAGUUUCAGGAGACGUUGUCCCUAUCAAUAUGGUGAAGGGUAUUGGUCAUUUAAGGGAUCCCCGACUUAAUAAGGGUUUGGCAUUUACUCUAAAAGAGAGGAUAUCCUUGGGUAUACACGGUCUGCAGCCUCCGAGAUUCAAAACUCAGGAAGAACAGCUGGCUCUGUGCAAGGCUUCAGUUAUGAAAUAUACCGAGGAUUUAAACCGGUAUCUUUACCUCGUGGAACUUCAGGAAAGAAAUGAGAGAUUAUUUUUCCGUCUGCUAAGUGAGAACAUUGAGCAAAUGAUGCCAAUUGUUUAUACGCCUACCGUGGGAUUAGCCUGUCAGAAGUUUGGAGUCAUUUAUCGCAGACCUCGUGGGUUAUUUAUUACAAUAUACGAUAAAGGCCAUAUUUAUGAGAUCCUGAACAACUGGCCUGAACAAGCAGUUCGUGCUAUUUGUGUAACUGACGGAGAAAGAAUUCUGGGUCUCGGUGACCUGGGAGCUUGCGGAAUGGGCAUUCCCGUCGGAAAAUUAGCUCUUUACACUGCCCUGGCUGGCAUUAAACCGCAUCAGUGUCUACCAAUUACCAUUGACGUAGGCACUAAUAACGAUCAACUCAGAAACGAUCCUCAUUACAUCGGUCUUAACAAGACGAGAAGUCAGGGCGCGGAAUACGAUGAGUUAAUCGACGAGUUUAUGGCAGCCUGUGUGAAAAAAUACGGUCAAAAUGUGUUGAUUCAAUUCGAAGAUUUCGGAAACCACAAUGCCUUUCGUUUCUUAGACAAGUACCGUGACAAGUAUUGUACAUUUAACGAUGAUAUACAAGGCACGGCCGCGGUUGCUGUAGCUGGAAUUUUAGCAUCAAAGAGGGUGACGAAAAAAAAAAUGUGUCAGAAUACGUUCGUCUUUUUAGGCGCUGGCGAGGCAGCUAUCGGAAUAGCUGACCUUUGCGUUAAAGCAAUGGAAGCGGAUGGAUGUACAGAACAGGAGGCUCGCGAUAAUAUUUGGAUGAUGGAUAUCGACGGAUUGCUCGUUGAAAAACGACCGGAAGGUAACCUCGAUGGGCACAAGGUCUGGUACGCGAAAAAUCAUAAAGUGGUGAAGUCACUGCUUGAGCUUGUGAAAGAAGUAAAACCAACCGUUCUGAUUGGCGCAUCGGCAGCAGCGGGAGCAUUCACUCCUGAAGUCUUGAAAGAAAUGGCCAAGAACAACGAGAGACCGUUGAUCUUUGCGCUGAGCAAUCCAACUAGCAAAGCCGAGUGCACGGCUCAACAAGCUUACGAUUACACGGAUGGAAGAUGCAUCUUCUCCUCGGGUUCUCCGUUCGGUGAAGUGAAAUACAAUGGGAAGGUCUACAAACCUGGCCAAGGAAAUAAUGCAUACAUAUUCCCUGGAAUUGCAUUGGGAGUUAUCGCGACCGGAGUUCAUCAUAUUACGGAAGAUUUAUUCCUUAUUUCAGCCCAAGCAGUUGCCGAUCAUGUAAAGGACGAAGAUCUUGCUAUGGGUAGCCUCUAUCCACCAUUGGGUACAAUUCGUGAAUGCUCGAUAGAUAUUGCUAUUCGAAUUGCCGACUACGCUUACGCGAAAACUGGACUGGCUAGUGAAUACCCAGAACCUAAAGACAAACGGAAUUUUAUUGUGAGUAAAAUGUACGAUGCCAACUAUGAUAGUCCACUGCCAAACCUUUACGACUGGCCGUGCGAUUAUGCUCAACCUCGUAUUUUACCAGAGAAAGACACUGUAGAAAUCCGCCACGAUUUAAAACAUCUGUAGCGGGUUUCAUCGAGCGGGAUAUUCAGAGGCUAUCAUUAUUACCAUUAUCGCUAAACGAAAAAAAAAAAAUACAAAAUUAUUGCUGUGUCCUGAAUUGAAAAAUAUGUGACAGGUCAUAGCAGACAGACAACAGUGCAGUUUAAAACAGUUUUAGCUGUAAGGACUGUUACUUCUGUCAGUGACUAAUGUCAGUGCUUUUUACAAUGUAACUUGCACGAUGUGUAAAAGCACGGCAAAUGAACCGAUGACAUAGUGCUAUUGUUACAGCAUUGAAUAUCGCUGUAUGCUAACAUUGCAGUAUUUGAAUGUCCUCCUUCAUCCUUAUACGCAGUAUGUAUUACGAUCGCUAGUUUAUUCCCCAGAAACGUGAUAGAUAGUUAACCAUUGAAAGUAUUUGAAGAGAGUUUAUAGAAUUGUUGUUGUUAUGCAUACCUUCGCAAGUAUGCUGUAUAACACGAAA